AUGGAAACUCAAAUAUAUUUCCUGUAUAAAGAAGGAAGUUCAGCACCCUGGGGCAGAUUGACUGCACCAGUGCCUGAUCACAAGGCUAAGUUUUCCAUCCUAUCCAUGACAGAGUAUAAUGCAGGACGAUAUAGUUGUUACUGUUACAAUUCUGCUGGGUGGACACAGCAGAGUGACACCCUGGAGCUGGUGGUGACAGGGAUGCUCCAGAAACCCAGCAUCCGGGCUGAGCCAGGCUCUGUGAUCACCUCAGGGAAUCCUGUGACAGUCUGGUGUGAGGGAACUAAGGAAACUCAAAUAUAUUUCCUGUAUAAAGAAGGAAGUCAAGCACCCUGGGGCAGAUUGACUGUACCAGUACCUGAUCACAAGGCCAAAUUUAUCAUCCCAUCCAUGACAGAGUAUAAUGCAGGACGAUAUUACUGUUACUGUUAUAACUCUGCUGGGUGGACACAGCAGAGUGACACCCUGGAGCUGGUGGUGACAGGGUCAUCCAGAAAGCCCUCCCUGAUAUCCUCCCAAGGACCUCUCCUGGCACCUGGAGAGAGACUGACCCUCCAGUGUUACUCAAACAUGAGUUAUGACAGAUUUGCUCUUUCCAAGGAGGGCGGAAGUGAUGUCCCACAGAUGUCUGCUCAUUUUACCCAGGCUGGAGAGUCUCAUGCAAACUUUACCUUACACUCUGUGAAUUUCACCACUGGUGGCCGGUAUAGAUGCCAUGGUUCAUACAGCAUCUCUUCUGAGUGGUCAGCCCCCAGUGACCCUCUGGACAUCCUGAUCAUAGGACAACACUUUGUCAGACCCAACCUCUCAGUGCAUCCAGGCACCACCGUGUCCGCAGGAGAGAAAGUGACCCUGUUGUGUAAAUCAUCAAUCCCAGUGGACAGUUUCCUUCUGUUCAAGGAGGGUGAAUUGCAUUCCCACAUGAAUCAAAUAUCAAAGCUCCAAGAUUCAGAAUAUCAGGCAGAAUUCUCCAUGAGUGCCGUGACCCCAUCCCUCGGGGGCACCUAUAUGUGCUAUGGUUCUCAAAGAUCAUCCCCUUACCUGUUGUCACACCCCAGUGUCCCCAUGGAGAUCAUUGUCUCAGGAUCUGCUGGGAACAUCACCACAUCACAAAACAUGUCCAAACCAAAGACAGCCUCAGAGACGCAGGAUCAUCACACAGUGGAGAAUCUGCUCAGAAUGGGGAUGGCAGGCUUGGUCCUUGUGGUCCUUGGAAUAUUGGUGUUUGAUGCUUGUCACAAGCAGAUGUGAAUGGGAGAUACAGCAAUGCAUCUUUUGCAGUGCCAUGGACUGGAAAAUAGAUAUGAGGAAUGAGGGUCAUUUUUGUAAGAAAAACAGUGCUCAUGUCAAGGAACUGCUGUCAGAAAAAUAACAGGGGUCAGUGGGAAUUGGGUUUAAGGGAAAAGUCUGUUUGUUGGGGUGGAGAGGUAUUUCCCCAUAAA